UAAUGCAGUUAAUAUACCAGCAUUAUUUAUAGCAUGGCUUCGAGAAACAUAUCGUGCAGUAAAAUUAGGUUCAGCACAGGCUUCUAUGAAAGCGCUUAUGUCUGAUAAAUUUCUUUCUAUUGAUACUCCAGAAACAUAUGAAAAAUGGAUUAGGCUACGUGUAGAUGCUUUACUAUUUGCAGAUGCUCUACCUAUUCUUUAUAGUCAUUUACCUAAAAAUUUAGAAUUACGGAUUAAAAUCAGAAAUCCAUUAGAAGCUGGUAGGCGUGUAAGUAUUUCCUUCUUCAGUGAAGAAACUCUAUCACAUUCAUCUAUACAAAAAGAAUCACAAGCUGAACAUGAAUUUAUA